AUGAUUAAAAGAUUGAGUUAUGCAGAUAUUAGAACUAGUGCUUAAAAUUAGAUCAAAUAAAAUAUGGCAGUGAAGCCUUUGAGGCCCUCUAAAUUUUUAAAUGACUUUGAAAGUGUUCCAAAAAAUUUUAUAAAAGAAAAAGAAUUUGAGUAAGUAAUUGAAUAUGUGACCCCACGACCAAUAAGAAGAAGAGUGGCUCUUGGAAAUGAUAAAGUUAAUUUAAAAGUAGAAUUUACACUUCCAAGUGUUUAAAAUAUUUCAAUUCAUAGUCAAGAAGGUGGUAUUGAUUUGAAAAAAUCUGAAAUUUUGCAUAUCGAUAAAAAAAUCGAAAAUGAAUUAGAAAGUAUUAAUAGAAAAAUCAAAAAAAUAAUCAAUAGCAACAAAAGAUAAGUAACUUUUUAAUCCUCUUUAAUUGUCAUUGAUGAAUAAAAUAAGAUUUCUUAAAUAAAGGAUCCUUACUUCUAAAUGGAUGAUCAACGUAGAAGAAAAACCAUUGUAAGACACAAGACUUUGGAAGUUUGA